CCAAGUACUGCAUUUCAUUCAAUGAAGAACGUCUUGAAAGACUGGAUCUAGAUAUUGCAAUGAAACACACCAUCGCAUUUUCGGCUUUCACGGCUGGAUUCGUUUUGUGUUUGACACUACUGUCCCUCUUGUGUCCGGUCGUCGCUUUGAUUCCAGCGACUCCUCAGGAACAAACCUCCCGUGCGAUACGGAGCAUCAAGAACGCAAUCGACGGACGCCGUGAGGAAGGGAAACCCGUUCGUCUUUUCGUCGAUUACCUAGUGCCAUUGCCUCCGGAAACAAAAGCCGAAGACAUUGAUCCCUGGCCUGGUGGUCUUGCCCAAAUGUAUCCAUACGCCGAAGAAAUUCUGUCUUCGAUCCUCAAAGGAGUGGUCGAAGACCCGGUGCAGCAGUGUUCAUCCCAGGUGAUUAGUGCUCCGGAUUGCUGUGGAUUUUUUGUUCAGGAAUCCCAAACAUCGGCAAAAAACGAUGUCGCCGCAAUUCUUUUUCCGGGAGUCGAUCAACUCCAGCAAAUCGAAGACAUCGAUGCCAUGGUAGGUAAGGAACGAACCUUGAUAAUGUUCAACAAGCAGUUCCAGAGACCCGCCGAUUUUGGAUUUGGCAGUAGCGACCGAAGCAAGAACUCUAUUUUCAACAAGUAUACACAGGGGUUUGCAUUUCAAGAAUUUGCUUGUCGUGGAGAGGAUCUCAAACUGACCUUUGAGUAUCCCAAUUGGAAAUCGUGUGUUAUUUGCGAAGAGGAAGACGGAAACAAGGAAAUCCCAGUCCUUCCCGACCAAAUAGAUCGUCCUAACUACGAGGAUCUCGAAAAGAAAAUCAAUGAAGUAUUGCCAGAGCCACUCUGGAUGAGAAAGAUGGGAGAAGCCGAGGAGAAGGGAUUCAAAUUUCAGAGGGGUUCGCGCGAUUAGGAAAAUAUCUGUCAGCGAAAACGUUGCCUGGACUAAGGAUUCAUUGUCAAUAACGCUUUGGUACAAUUGAAUGCGCAUCGAAUAAAUCUACUCAAUUCUU